ACAUACAGGCCAUGGUACGGUACCUAUCACUCAAUGUGACUCCAACCCUGGGUAGAUUCUACACAAGUCAGAUGGUGACAAACCCAUACGGGUUUCCAAUUACCAAUUAUAGUUUAUGUUUUGGUAAAGUAACAAUAGAUAGGCGCAACUGUUGAUGCUAACGGUAUUCCGGAUAAUAAAUGUCUAUCGAUAUUGAAGCAGGAAGUUAGUCACUCCCAUCCCGUACUAUGUAAACUUCCUGGUUUUAAUCUGUCGUCCUCAAAAAGAAAGUAAAAUGAACAGAAUAAGAAGAGCGUGAGAACAAACUGAAUAAAAACAACAAUGGAGAACUUCAGCUGUCAGCGGUGCAUCUGUAGUGACCCCUUCCUAAGGCCACCAGAAGUACCCAUAUUCAAAAGCACAUCACCACAAGCCAAAAGUGAAAUGUUAAAAAUGCAAAAAGAAUCCAAAGUCUAUCAGAGUUACUUAGAAUUAUGCGGAAACAAAACAAAUGUUCCAGUAUAUUCCAAGACUUCUAGCACUACUGCCCAGACGACCAUAGUUCCGGGGGUCACGACCUUGAAGGAUAUGACAACAGAGGUCACAAAUAUUACAUCCUUACAAAAUGACACCCUAGUCCCGCCCACCUCUAUACUAAGCAGCUCCUCCCAAGAUUCUGAUGGUUGGAUUGCCCCUGUUGUGAUUGUGAUAAUUCUCCUCUUUAUAGCAGUUAUUGUUGGAGGAGUUUAUCUCUACAAGAAGAAAGGCAAGAAAGGGUUUAGGAAGUCGGUGAUGUAUCAAAAUCUAUCUCAGUGUUUCUUUUGGAAUAAUCUUCCAACACAUCAGAAUAGGACAGCAUCGUUUUCUUCUGUGGGGAGUAAAAAAUCAGAGAGUAGCGUGGGACAAAUUCAGCCAAAUAGCAGGAUUGACCAAGACGUGGUUUACUAUACGCAGGUUUCAAAUAACGAAAAAGAUUUUAAGCAUUCCUCUACGGCUCAACUGAUUGAUGCACCACUGUCACACACAGAUGAGGAAUAUUCAAAUCCUGCAAUAGAAUGUACUGAUGUUAAAUUGGACUUGUAUGAAAACUCUAGUAAAGUCAGCUUCAGGCAGAGUUAUAGCUCUGACACACAGACAGACAAUAAAGCCAGUCAUGAGGACAGUAAAAUAGAGUCAGACACAAGUCAGAAAGAGGAUUCAGAAACCGUUGGUAAAGCCGACACAAUUGUGUCUACUUUUGAGACAUGCUCCCUUCAAACAAUGCCGAAACCCAUAACUGAUGAGAAAGCGGACACAAUUUUGUCUACUUAUAAGACAUGCUCCCUUCAAACAAUGUCGAAACCCACAACUGAUGAGAAAGCGGACACAAUUUUGUCUACUUAUGAGACAUUGUCCCCUGAAACAAUGUCGAAACCCACAACUAAAGAGAAAGAGUCAGACACCCGUCAGAGCGAAGAAGAUUCAAGCAGUGAGAAACCUUCCAGUGGUACAGAUAUUGAGAGUGUGUAUAUCACGUUGACGUCAGAGACUGAGGAAUCAUCGAGUAAAAAACCUCAGUUUAACAUUGACCUUGAAUCACACACUACGGGUGAUGGCAGGAAGUCUUCCAUUCAAAACCAGAAAUCAGUGGACAGUGGCUACGAGUCCAAAAUAAACUCACCUGAGCAGGAGUGUGUCUGAUAUUGAGACCAAAAGAAUUGCAAUAGAAAAAGUUGAUCUGGGCAACGUGAAUACUAAAAAGUGGACGGUUUUAAAAAACAAAAGAAUAUUGUUACUUAUUACCUGGUAAUCAGAAAAAUCAAUCAUAUGAAACCAACCUUUAAUUCAUCAUAUUUUUACAUUUUACAGUAACCAGAAACUAGUGCAUAUUUAAUGAACAGUGAUAUGUUGAACUAUACACAUUAACAUUAUAGACUGGUGUGGAUUGCCAGUAAUUUAUGAGCACAACUGUUUUCUUCUUUCAUAUUGGAUGCCCUAGUUACCAUUUGUAUCCAGAGCUUUACAAAAAAUGAUUUUUUGUCCUAUAACCAGUAUUUGUCAUAUCUACGUUACAUAAUUUAUUAUUUGCAUAUCAUCUAUCUAAUAUACUUUAUUAAUUUUAGUUAUGAAAUAAUUCCCAAAUUCAGGAAAUCCAUUUCAUAUACCCGGUAUAUGCAAGAAAUCACAGUCCUCUCAUAUUUCAUUAUUUUAUUUAAUUUUUACAUUUGUGUAUGUGUGUAUUGUGUAAACUUACAUGUUUGUUAUUUAUUUUG